UUCAUGUGCAUGGGGAAAAUGCAGCCAGAUACGGACCAGGGUCAGAUAGAGAGAAAGAUAAAUAAUGUAGAGUGGUGGUCGAAACAUCAUCCAAAAACCAGCCUUAAGCUGAUCUGUGAAAAUGAGUGAAAUAUUAUGUACAAUCGCCAUGGGGGUCCGUGACUUCGUAAAGGACUACUUCAACGGUUUCUGGGACUAUGAGACCCCUAAGAUGAUGGUGAUUAAGAACAGACCUCUUGGAGUCAUUUAUAGAGCUGUCCAGUUUCUAGUGAUCACCUAUUUCAUCUGGUAUGUUUUUAUAAGUCAAAAAGCAUACCAGGAGAGCGAGACCCAUCCAGAGAGCUCUGUUUACACUCGUAUGAAAGGCAAGGCAGUGCACGGUGAUGAUGUCCUGGACAACGUGGAGUACGCUCAUCCCCCAGAGGGAGUUGACGUAAUCAGCACGAUACUGAGAAGGGAAUUCACUUAUGACCAGAGGCAAGGUACCUGCCCAGAGCAUUUCAGCGUCGACAAUGCCAACUGUACGACAGACUCUGACUGUCUUCCAGGCUUACCAAACUUUGAUAGUCAUGGCAUUAGGACCGGCAGGUGUGUUCAGUACCACAACUACACUUUCAAAACUUGUGAAAUCAUGGCUUGGUGUCCUAUUGAAGAGUAUGCGGUAGUGCGAGAACCACCUUUAGUGGAGGCUAUCAAUUUCACAGUGUUCAUCAGAAACUCCAUCCACUUUCCCAAAUUUAAAGUGUUGAGGGUAAACGUGGAAAGUCCCCCAGGGAUGAAAACUAAAAAAUACCUCAAGAGGUGUCAUUACCAUGAGGAGGAUGCACCUUACUGCCCAAUAUUUCGCUUGGGUUACAUCGCGAAUCAAGCAAGGGAGAAUUUCACUGAGCUCUGCAGGACUGGAGGAGUGAUUGGCGUUUUCAUCAACUGGGAUUGUAACCUCGAUCUGGAUCCUUCACACUGCAAGCCUACCUACACGUUUCGCCGCCUUGACGUCCGAAAGGAUCUGACCGACUCUGGUUACUACUACAGGUUUGCCAAAUAUUAUGAUAAGAAUGGCGUGGAGUCUCGGACCCUGAUCAAGGCUUACGGCAUCCGCCUAGACAUCAUUGUUCACGGACAGGCUGGAAAAUUUAGCGUCAUCCCAACAAUGAUCAGCACAGUGACAGCUCUGACCUCCGUCGGGAUUUGCAGCAUCAUAUGUGACUGGAUCAUGCUUACGUUUGUCGACAAGAAUGAGGUCUACAGUGAGCGAAAGUUUGAUGAAGUGAGUAAAAAGGUGAUCCAGGAGACCACAGACACCAUCCACACCGAGUUCAGCUACAUGAGCAGCUAUGGCUCGAACCAUUCAGACCUCUCAGAUGGUGUUCCGCUCUGAUUGGUCGCUUCAGCUCUCCUCCUUCAACCUGAUGAUGGCAACAACAGCACCCCGGUUUGGUUUCUCUAAAGUGUUGACAUCAGCCAGAGAUGGAGUCGCAGAGCACUUCUUCAAGACUAGUCGCGUCCCCUUAAACUCUUUCACGUCUUAUACUGUUACAACCACAAUCUGCUGUAUAUUUCAGUAGGAUUUCAUAAAGAGGUCAACACAGAGUAUUGCAUAACUGUGAAGUGGAUGGAAAAUAGAUCGUUAUUUUUUGUGCCCAUUCUUCUUAAAAUAGCUCAAACUCCAGUCACGUUGGACGGAGAGCAUUUGUGAACAUCAAACUUCAAGCUUUGAUACGGAUUCUAAAUUGGGUUCAGGUCUGGACUUUGACUAGGCCAUUCUAACACGGGAACAUGAUUUAAUCUAAGCAAUCCAUUGUAUCCAUGGCUGUGUUUAUGCUCUUGUGUCGUGCUGGAAGGGGACCCUCAGCCACACUAAGUCUUUUAAGCCUCUUAUUGAGUUUUCUUUUACAUUCUUUUACAUUUAGCCCCAUCUCCCACAUCCCUGCUGAAGAAAAGCAUCACUACAGCAUGGUGCUGCCAACACCAAUGUUUCAACUGUGCGGAUGGUGCGUUCAGGGUGAGGUGUGGCAAUAGCUUCCCACCUCAUACUGCGUUUUGCAUGUCAUCCUGAAGGCUCAGUUUUGGUCUCAUCUGUCCAGAGCACCUUCUUUUGCGUUUUUGCUGAAUCCACGUCGCUGCUUGCGGUAACCACUGGAAGGUAAUUACAUUUUUAGAUGGACUGAACAGGUGCUCCAUGAGAUGGAAUAAUGUUUUAUAACCCAACCCUGCUUUAACUCAAGAGAAGAAUUAAAGAUAAUUAAAUCUCUCCACAACUUCCUCCCUGACCCAUCUGCUGUGCUCCUUGGUCUUUCACUAAGCAAACCUCUGAAGCCUUCACAGACCAGCUGGAUUCAUGAGAUUAAAUCACACACAGCUGAACUCCAUCUACUUCUGAAGGAAGCUAGAUGCUAGGAUUUUAUUUAGGGGUACUGACUCACAGGGACCAGAAUAACAUCACUCCACACCUUCACAAUUUUCACUUAUACAUAAAAAAACCCUGUUAUUUUCCUUCCACUUGACAAUUAGUGACUACUUUGUGUUAGUCUUUUACAUAAAAUCACAAUAAAAUACAUUAAACUUUCUUGUUGUAACGUGACGAGCUCAGAAAAAGUUUAAAGGUGUAUGAAAACCUUUGCGAGGCGCCGUGUUAAAGGGAAUGAACUGAGAGGUGAGGACCACGUCCUGAUGAUGUGACGAGAUCACCGCCGUGGCGCUCAGUGAAACUGCUUUCACACACCGACGGUCUCUCACGUCUGGAUUUUCUUCUGUUCAGAAUAAAACCUGCAUUCCUUUCGCUUCAGAAAACAAGUAUACUCACAUGUAGAGGAAGAAAAAAAAAGACCCUUUCAAAACAAAUUAAAUGGAGUAGAACCAAUUUACAACAACAAAAACUGUUCCCAUGUAUCCCAGACAUUCAGUGC